AUGACGGCGAUGAUGUUUGGUGCAGCAUGUUCCCCUUGUUCAGCACAUUAUGUGAAGGUGAAAAAUGCGAUGGAACACAGCAACCACGAUCCACGAGCGAUCCAAGCCAUAACUGACUAUCACUAUGUGGAUGAUUACGUUGAUAGUUUCCGUUCCGCUUCCAGAGCUAUGGAGAUAUCCAAACAGGUUCGCGACAUUCACAAAGACGCUGGUUUCCAGCUUCGGAAGUUUAGGUCGAACUCCUUGGAGGUCGCGACUGCAUUGGGUGGUGAAAACACAGCGUUGUCUAUUAUGUCGAAAGAAGCCAUGGAAUCUGGAAAAGUUUUAGGAAUGUUGUGGCAGCCAUCAAGCGACCACUUCACGUACCGUCUGGAGUUCCAUGGAGUCGAUUCAUCAGUCAUUAGUGGCGAUUUAGCGCCCACAAAAAGAAUGCUACUGAGUAUCGUUAUGUCCAUCUUCGAUCCGUUGGGAUUCCUGUGCCACCUCACCAUCACAGCCAAAUUGGUUAUGCGCGAGAUCUGGAAGCGAGAUUUAGGCUGGGACGAGCCCGUUCCUAAUGAAAUCAACGACAUGUGGAAUAAUUUUCGGAUGCAGUUGCUAAACGUUGCAGAGUGUAAAGUGCCGCGUCACUAUUUCAAGCUGGGUGAGCCAAAAAAUCUACAAUUGCAUAUUUUUGUCGAUGCCAGUGAAGACGCAUUCGGAGCUGUAGCAUUCUGGAGGGCAGAGAACCCAGACAAUGCGUUGCAAGUGUGUAUUGUUUAUGCCAGAACAAGAAGCGCACCACUCAAGACGCUAACCAUUCCCAGAUUGGAGUUGCAAGCUGCCGUGCUAGGGUCCCGUAUGAUGACGACUAUAAUAGAAGAGCACACAAUGUCUAUCGACCGAUGCGUCCUUUGGAGCGACUCGAGAACGGUUCUCAAGUGGAUAGCCAGUGAGAAUCGUCGCUUUAAGCCCUUCGUAGCCCAUAGGAUUGCCGAAAUCCUGAGCGUGUUCACGCCGUCUGAAGAAAAUGUGGCUGACGAAGCAAAACGGGUGAAAAGGGGCGUUAACCUCAACCCAUCCUCACGCUGGUUCACGGGUCCAGCAUUUUUAGGUCAGCCGGAACACAUAUGGCCAACAGACGAUACACCUGCUGCGAACAUUGACGAAAACGAAGAGCUUCGGCCGAACAAAUCAAGACCGAGCCAGCCUGACACUUCGUCAAAAUAUGGGUUAAUGACCUCCGAACUUGAUGCCGCCGAACGUAUAAUAUGUCGCCAUUCGCAACGAGAAAUAUUCGUGAAUGAGGUCAUUCGAUUGGAGAAGGGGCUCAGCUUGCCGAGUGAAAGUCCACUCUACAAACUUUCGCCGUGGAUAGAUAACGAGGGACUUCUUCGG